CGGUACCGUGCAGUACGCCCCACGCACAAACUACCUAGGUAUAUAAUGGCGAUAGCAGCACUUCCAAUGCGAAGUUCUAACAACUCACCGCGCAAGAUGGACGCACCAGUUUCACACCCUCGUUUAGAUACCUUGCCAACAGAGCUUCUCGUGCAGAUUUUUUCUUAUCUCGCACCAAUCCCCAGUCUCAGACCGAAGGCUACGUCCAACAUAAUCGAACGCGCUGAAAACGACUCCCAGCAGUAUUCUUUGCGGAAUGUCAAAGCAGUGUGCCGUAGCUUUGCAGCGAUAGUCACCCCGCUUCUCCAAGCGUGCUAUCACGACUGCGACUUCUAUUGCCUAGCCCGGAAUCGGACGAACUUCGAGGCAUGGGAGAAAGUUAGAACUGUGAUUCAAGAUGAUUCAAACUGCCAGGAUCCUCGGGGCGAUACAUUUCACCAUUAUUUGAACCUGGCGGAAAUCAAGGAGAAGCUAGGAUUGAACGAAGUUUGGCACGAUCCUGAAAUCCAUGCCAACAUUUUUGAGCGAGACAAUUAUGAUGGAUCCGAUGGGUUAUACGAUGGGUUAUCUGAAGACGUAUUUGAUAAUAUCUCCCCUUUCGAUCCAGAAGGCUUCAGGCGUCGUAUGAAAGUUGAGGGGAUUGAAGAUGACAGGCAAACCAAUUUCGAGCGCGCGGCGGUUCUUUGCUUGUGUCCUAACGUGGAAGAAAUAUUGUAUGGCAGCCAUCACGAUAGCUAUUGGCGAGGGGAUUCGGUAGACGAAGAUUACACAGCUAUACGGCCUUUAGUUUUUGCGGGACGUGGAAUACCUUUUGGCCGCACACAUGCAUUUUCUCAUUUACGCUAUCUCUCCAUCGACGUCCAAAACAUCAGAAUUGAAAGAAUCGUUCCCGUCAUGCGUAUUCCUUCACUGCGACACUUCGUUGUCGAAUGGCGCAAUUGGUCGACUACUGGUUACUCUAGCCUUGAUUUAUUUCAGGAUGCGCUCCAUCUCUGGGGAUGUCCAGCCGGUGCCUCCAAUAUCGAAAUAUUAGAGAUGAGGAAAGUUGAGUGCCCGGGAGCGCUCGUAGGGAAGAUGAUCAAGAGUUGUAAAGCACUGAAAAAGUUUGACAUGGAUUGCCUCCCGUGGGAGCAGUCAAAAGCGUGGUAUUCUAAUAUAUUUGACGAGUUGAAGGCGCACAGCAGUACAUUAGAAAGCCUUAUUAUCCAAUCGUGUGCUGCUCAAGAAUAUGCAGAUAAGGGACCAAUCAUUAAAGAGAGCGAGCUUCAGCAGUACAAAAUGCUCAAACGGCUGCGUAUUCAACUCCGAACCAUUACAGGAUAUGGGGGCUUCAGAUCCGAUACCACAUUGGAACACGCGAUGCCAGACCUGUAUACCAUGUUUCCACGGUCGAUUGAAAGCAUAGAACUCGAUAUACACGGUCCAACACCAUAUGAAGAAACGACCCAUGUUUUGUCUGAUCUCAUGACACAUCCGGAUAAACCCCCGCUGCUCAAACGAGUUCAUGUCCAUGUUCACGUGUGUCACGAAGUUUCCCCUUAUUUACCUCUCGAUCUCUACUCUCUUUCCAAUAUAUGCGACCAUAAAUCAGAAGUUCGGUUCGAUUACACGCUUGCACACUUCUGGAUUGAAUGGACCGAUGAAAUCGAGGAAGCACGUAGAAGGAUCUUAGGGUGGCCGCAUGGGGAGGUGCUCAUCAAGCACGCAACGCUUGGGAUGGAGAAGAGAUGGAAUGAGUUACUGAGUCGCGAUGUCAAUAUGUCGUCUCCGUUCAGAGACUUAAGAGUUCACGAGGAUGAUGCUCGAGAAAAGGGGUGGUUGAGGGACGAUGUCGGCCCAGAACACGUCGAGAAAGGAGUGCUGGAAGCGGAAAAACUUGGUCACUUCGAGAAGUUUAUUACCAAGGAUAGUUAA